UCGCCUCUCGCGGGCCUCUCCCGAGCGCGUCUAUGAGCGCAGCGUUCCCGCCGUCGCUGAUGAUGAUGCAGCGCCCGCUGGGGAGUAGUACCGCCUUCAGCAUAGACUCGCUGAUCGGCAGCCCGCCGCAGCCCAGCCCCGGCCAUUUCGUCUACACUGGCUACCCUAUGUUCAUGCCCUACCGGCCGGUGGUGCUGCCGCCGCCGCCGCCGCCGCCGCCCGCGCUGCCCCAGGCCGCGCUGCAGCCGGCGCUGCCGCCCGCGCACCCUCACCACCAGAUCCCCAGCCUGCCCACCAGCUUCUGCUCCAGCUUGGCGCAGGGCAUGGCGCUCACCUCCACGCUCAUGGCCACGCUGCCCGGCGGCUUCUCCGCGUCUCCCCAGCACCAGGAGGCGGCGGCUGCCCGGAAGUUCGCGCCGCAGCCGCUGCCUGGCGGUGGCAACUUCGACAAGGCGGAGGCGCUGCAAGCCGACGCGGAGGAUGGCAAAGGCUUCUUGGCCAAGGAGGGCUCGCUGCUUGCCUUCUCCGCGGCCGAGGCUGUGCAGGCGUCGCUCGUCGGGGCUGUCAGAGGGCAAGGGAAAGACGAGUCAAAGGUGGAAGAUGACCCGAAGGGCAAGGAGGAGAAUCUCUCGCUGGAGAGCGACCUGGACUACAGCUCGGACGACAAUCUGACCGGCCAAGCGGCUCACAAGGGGGAAGACGCCGGCCACGCGCUGGAGGAGACGCCGCCGGGCGGCGGCGGCGCGGGCGGCACCACGUCCACGGGCAAGAACCGGCGGCGGCGGACUGCCUUCACCAGCGAGCAGCUCCUCGAGCUAGAGAAGGAGUUCCACUGCAAAAAGUACCUCUCGCUGACCGAGCGCUCACAGAUCGCUCACGCCCUCAAACUCAGCGAGGUGCAGGUGAAAAUCUGGUUCCAGAACCGCCGGGCCAAGUGGAAACGGGUGAAAGCCGGCAAUGCCAAUUCCAAGACAGGGGAGCCCUCCAGGAACCCCAAGAUCGUUGUCCCCAUCCCCGUCCAUGUCAGCAGGUUCGCCAUCAGAAGUCAGCAUCAGCAGCUGGAGCAGGCCCGCCCCUGAGGGACCAGGGAGGGCUAGGGCCUGGACCGCCGUGGAGAAGCCACCGUGCCCGAGGGAACCCAUGGUGGACUCCACCGUGUUUGAGGCAAAACUCAAAGUUACCCCCCAACUUUGGACAUCCCAAGCAAAUGGAGAGUAUAUUCAUGAAACAGGCUUGAAAGACUGCUUUUGAAGGGGCUACAGCUACACCUGAAGACACACUAAAUAUUUAUUAUACUAUCCUACUUUGUACAUUAGAUGGCUAUAUAGACUGG